GGGAUAAAGAGCAAACAGUUUGUGGAUUAGUUCAGAAUUUCAUUGUGUGAGGAUACUUCUUGUCUUAUCCUGAUAAAAUAAAGCAGAGCCUGAGAUGGACUAUGUAAAUGUACCUGAUACACCAGCCAGGAAAGGAAAACUGUGCAGACUGGUCGUUGUGAGCCUUGGACUUCUGUGUAUUCUUCAGGUUAUUCUCAGCAUUUCCCUGCGACUAGCACUUUACUCUAAGACCGCUAAAAAUUUGACUGAAGAAGAAAACUCACUGAAGAGGAAGUUGAAUGUCUUUGAUCUCUAUACCCAACAAGGAUGGGUGUAUUUCGGUGGCAGUUUUUAUUACAUUUCCCCUUUUAAAAAAUCUUGGAGUGACAGCAGAGAGGACUGCCUGCAAAGAGGUGCAGACCUGGUGAUUAUCAGCAGCAGAGAAGAACAGAACUUCAUCAGACAGUUCAGAGGGUACAUAUGGAUCGGACUGACUGACACAGAGGAAGAGGGGACGUGGAAGUGGGUGGAUGGGACUGUGCUGAACAAAAGAUUCUGGGAAACUGGGGAACCCAACACCUUUGGAGGCACAGAUGAAGACUGUGGAGAAGUUAAACCCAGAGAAGAGGAAAACAACUGGAAUGACACACACUGUGAAAAUGAAAACUAUUGGAUCUGUGAGAAGAUAGUGGACCUGUAAUUAACUAUCAAAGUGGCAGGGAAAGUGUCUCAUCAUACGCACGUGUUAUCAUAUUUUGUCUUGAUAGACCUUUCUAAUCAGUUAUGAGCCAUUUAUGGGAAAACCUUUGUCUUGCCAGGUUGUGGAAAAAGCUUCUUCAGAUUGAUAUUUUGUGUCUUUUGCAUCAGCUCUUUAAUUCCUUUGGGAGAGACCUCUAAAGGUACGUCUGACAUUUGAGGGAAAAAAGGUGGUGCUGAAUGUCUCGUUGAAAAUCCCUUUUUUUUUUUUAAAAUCACUGUUUAACAUAAUGUCUAUGUUUUUAUGAUAUCCUUACUAACACACAGAGUUUCACUAACUGUUGAUAUGCAACCAUUAAAACAGUUCAAAUGUAGGGAACACCAAUACGAUAAAUGAGACUUUCUGUUAUAUGUGAAGUUAAUAAGUUAAAUAUUUUGGUCUUGAUAUUUUUGCUUUAACAGGGCAAACUGUUGCAAACUAUUAAAGAAUACUUCUAUAUUGCUGUUUGAUAAUAAUGCAGCCUUAAAUGUUAAUAGGCCAUCUUUCACAUUAUACUUCUAAGUCCUGUUAUCAUCUUACUAUAAAUACAAAAUAAAGGUUUAUGUAGCUGUGUACAAUAGUAAGCAGCCAUGGUUUGCAAGCAUUAAGAAACUGAUUAAGAAACUGUAACAUUUUUUUUUCUUUUUAUCUGUGUAUUUUGAUUGCUUCACCAGCUAGUUUGAACCUUUGAAAAAAAAAAAUUGCAUUAAUACAGAUAACUUUAUCUGAAUGCUUCACGUUCACGUUCACGUUCAAGAUUUUAAUACUGUGACACAAUCUGGCAAAAGGAGUCACAGGGGCAAAUUCUUAGCCUAAUAACAUAUGAAUCAGUGCCCAUUUCCGGGUUCACGGGAUGUUCUUAGCAACAAGGCAUAGCUGGCUCUUACGCGCUACCAGUGAUGUCAUUAGUAAAAUUACUUUGCAUAUUAAAUAUGCAAAGUAACACUUCACAUAUUUGCAUAUGUUGCAAUUUCAAGGUUAUUUAUUGGUGUUUGUGAAUUCUAACAUUACAGAUGUUCAUUAAUAUUAUAUUGCAUUAAGCUGCACAGCCUUUGCCUCUAUGUUGACAGUACAGUCUUAAAACCUGAGAUAUAACACAGUUCCUGUUCCUGUGCAGAUGCUGAAAUGAUUAAAACUCUGAAACACACAUUUACGGGUGAUAUGGGUGGUUUACGACAGCUCUGUAAAGUUUUUACACAGAUAUCAUGCACAAGUUCCUAAAUAACCUUUUUAAUCAACGCCUCUGCUGUUUAUUCUUGAGAUA